CGGUUAAGUAAUACGCGAUCAUAGUUACAAGUAGUCGGAGCUUGUGUUUGAAAUUUAUCGUCGGUACUGCGAGUAAUUAUCGGUUUCUAUAAAAGUUUUUCAACGCCUCGCAUGCGCGCAAUUUUCCACGCAUGAAGACCGUGAUACGCCAACUGGGGAAGCGCAGCAACGCUGCAAUUUAGUAAUUAAUGGUGACAUUGCGGAUAAUUAACUGCCGUAAAUAAUUGUAAUUGUACUUAAGUUCUAUCCGUUGGUCGCGACUAUGCUGACGAGGGAAAAAAGAAAAAGAAAAAAAGCGACGAAUGCACCGUUGCGUGUUCUUUACUGGCAAACCUAGCCCAUCUUCAUCGCGGUCGUCAUCGCCGUUGUCGACAGUACCCGAGUCCGGUCUCGCUUUGUUCAAGCAAGGAUGAGCCUGUUCUUGGAACUGCUACGAGGACGAGAGACUAAUGCACGUAACAACAAAUACGACACAUAUCAUUCGAUACGAGGAGGAGGAGGAGGAGGAGGAGGAGGAGGAGGCGGCGGCGAGCACGCUGUCCCGCAGACAAGUCCUGCGAGCAGCACGAGUAGCUCGAGCCAGGUGACUCAGGUGAGCCUACAACAGGUGAGCCAACAAGCUCACCAACAACAAUCGGUACCGCCACCUACUACGACGACACCUCAAUCUACUCAGAUGGGAAUCUCUACGGAAGAGGUGAGGACCGAGGAAGAGAGCAACCACCCUAGAGCAGCGCCGACCAGCCCUGAAAGUGAAACCGAGGUCGACGACUUUGCACCGAAAAGGAAACAACGCAGAUAUAGGACUACCUUCACCAGCUUCCAAUUGGAGGAACUCGAGAAAGCUUUCUCGAGAACUCAUUAUCCCGACGUGUUCACCAGGGAAGAAUUAGCGAUGAAGAUCGGUCUUACGGAAGCACGAAUACAGGUUUGGUUUCAGAAUCGACGCGCAAAGUGGCGGAAACAGGAGAAGGUUGGGCCUCAGGCGCAUCCGUACAAUCCGUACUUGGGAUCAGGUGCGCCACCACCAUCGGCGGUCGUCGCGCCGACCUUGCCGAACCCUUUCGCCCACCUGGGCACGUUUCCCCUGAGGAAACCCUACGACGCAUUUCGUUACCCACCUUUGGGUCACGGACCGGUCCUUCCUGGUAGUUACGCCGCUCAUCCCUAUCAUCGCGCGCCGCCACAUUUGCUACCACCUGGAAUGCCUCUGCCUUACACGUCGGCCGCGUCCUUUCAAAGUCUCCUGGCGAAUAUAUCCGCAGCGCAGAGGCCGAAAUUGGUACGCGGUUCACCACCUCCGCCUCCGCCUCCAACGGCGCCCGCGAUCAGUCUCGCGCAUCCACCGGUUCCACCGCCGCCUCCGACAGCCAGUUCACCGCAAGGUUCGCCCACAGGUAGCGUCGGACUGCCCGACAUCGACAGACGAACCAACAGCAUCGCCUCUCUCAGACUCAAGGCCAGAGAAUACGAGCUUCACCUGGAGAUGCUUCGCAAGAGCGGAGAUCUCAUCAGCUGAAGAGACUCGCUGUUCUAAAUACAUCUAGAAACUGCGAUUCCAUCACCGGUGCCUCUACAUCUACUCUGAUUCAUUGAUCCAAAUCGCCAACCACGACGAUGGUCGUCAUCUCUUCCCGUCGAACCACUGUUUCCUUCGACCCAGAUCGAGCAAACGGAGCCAGUGGAACGGAACUGCGUAGAAAAACCUGAAACGCGACCUACCAUGCUGGAUGGCCGAUGCGACAAGUGGUGGAAAAAUUCACUCGUAACCUCCGAGAUACGCGUUCCCUAAUGCGAUCCUGCCGACCGAUACAAAGUAUAAACGUCUCCUUAGGUCCACGCUUUCGUAUGUUUCGUACAAGAUACGAGCCAAAGAAGUCGCUGCGAAGUAGCCGACCACUUUGUAAUUAAUCGCGUGUACGCGAAGGAAGGUUGAACAAUAGUUAUCCUUCUUUCACUUUGUGAUCACUUUGUGCCUUCGUUACGUAAUAUCUAAUCUUAGGAACGCUGGACUCGAUUGUAUUUCAAAUUGCGUGCCAGCGAUUAUCGAGUUAAAGAGGUAAACCGAACGCGAUCUCGGGAUACUUGUCAUCGUCUUAACUAUCGUUGGCUCUUAUGGAAUUCGAAGACUCUCGGUAGACUUUAGGCAACAUGCUUCGUGCGACAGAUUUCUUGCAAUACACAACGCGAAACCAACGAUUCAAGUGUCGCGUCUGCGUUGACAACUCGAGCGACCGUUUAGAAAACUCGCAAUUAGUAGACGAGUUUUUUGGUGGACGUUGGAAUUGUCAUUGCUCUUUAGCAUGGACCGUGACCCAAUGAAUCAAUGACUCAAGCGACAGACAGUUUUUACGACAUCGUUCAUUAAAAGAAGGACGAUAUACCUGUCCAUGUACAAACACGUUUCUUCAACCUUUCUCUUAAUGUCAUUCAGAAUACCGACUCUACGUUUAGACGAUUACGGAAAGAACGAAGAAUCAAGCGAAUGUGUUUCUUCGUGUACAAUAAUGCGUAUAAUAUACAGUAAUGGUGAGGCAAUGUUUCCAGCUAUAACAUACAUAUAUAUAUAGUAUAUAUAUUUACAAGAAAUGCUUCGGAAUGUCUUUCAAAUCUAUCUUUCGACGAUCAUGAAAAUUUAGGAUCCCGCGUAUACAGAUUUCCCGAAAACAACGGCAAGUACCUUUGUGAUUAUGGCUCGCGAGAAGCAUCAGAUGAGAAACACCCGACGAGAACAUACAGAAUUUUCAUGGAGUUUUCAAAUGCGUUCAACGCUGAUUCGAUAGAUUUGAAAAACAAUCGGCGAAAGGAUGGAGGACGUAGUCACUCACCGUGUUUGGCGAACCGAGAACAUCUACUUGCGAUUAUAAGAUUAUUUUUAAGCAAACAUCAUCGAAAGAUGUCCGUCCAGAAAAAUACUUGGCUACGCGACAAGAACUUCGCUCUCGAAUAUAUUUUUAACCGUACAAGAUUUUUAUCGUCAAUAUCGAAAUUGUUAUGCUUUAUUCUAAAAAGGAGAGUUAACGUUUCGAACCAAUGCAAUUGUAAGACGCGAGUUAAAGGAUUUCUGACGAAUUAUUCGUCCGAUACGAACGAAAUUAUUUAAUUUCGAUUAUUUCUUUAUUUUUACAUAGGCCGUCGUACGCAUUUUAGAUAAGAGAAAAUACUAUUUAUAUACGCGUUCUUUAAUUCUUGAAUGUUCAACGACAAGUUAUAAUAAGUUUUACGACUGUAUAAGUAUACUUAGUUGCGUAAGUUACCUGUAAAUAAUUAACGACGUAACUUUGUGAGGGGAUCUUGCAAAUAAUUUUCCGACUGCGUAUCGCACGACAAUAUUAGACUUUUUUUUUCGAAAGUCGUUUCAGAGGAGCAACGUUCCAAACGUUCGCAUCGUACCAUAGUGAAGAAGAAAUAUUACGAUUCCUCGGAUGUUAGUAUAAAGAGUGAUCGAAGUUGUGACUAGAAAUUAUCAAUCUAUUCGAAGAUCUUGGACAAAACAAAAAGAAAUACAACGUCGUUCAAACGA